CUCACUCUGAAUAGGCUGGUUGUUCUCGAUUGCUAAAGACAUGAAGGGACAGAAUAGUAGAAGAGGAGGUAGACAGGGUGGGAGCACGUACCACGACGAUGUCAACUAUCUUUCAGAGAGCCACACCUCAGUUUCCUUCAAAGGAUUUUUGCAUAAAUGCUUAAACGCUUCAAGUUCACCAUCAUGUUCCUCUUGGCAGCGGACUCACAUGGUGCUAGUGGUGACCGAGGACAGCUCAUCUCCAGAUCAGAGAAAAGGAAUCUUUUGCACAAAUUUCUCUUGAGACAUGCUGAGCAGAGAGACAACAUGAUCUCUGAUCUGAGGAGGUGAAUCCCCUGAAAGCUGAGAGCCUCAAGCUGAACUGGAUCUGACCUGAUGGGUUGUAAGAACACUAAAAAGACUGUACACACUUCAAUGAAGAGGUGCCUCCUCCUCUGCUUCCUCUGCGCUUUACCGCUGUGCCUUUUCAAUGGAUGGUCCACAAGCUUAAGAGUGAAUCCUUCGGCCUUCAGCAGCAGCAGAAAUGUGACCGUCCUACUGUGGCACUAUCCCUUCAACAGGUCAGCGAGCCUGAAGGGCGACAUGUGCUGGGAUCUGUACCGCAUCCCUCACUGUCGCCUGGUGGACCAGCGCUCCAUGUUCUCCUCGGCCGAUGUGGUUGUCUUCCACAACAGGGAGCUGAUACAACGCCGCCAGAAGCUGCCCACCUACUGGCCUCGACCACAGGGCCAAAGGUGGGCCUGGAUGUCCCUGGAGGCCCCGAAUCACAAUGGAAACUUGCAUCAGUUUGCAAACAUCUUCAACAUGACCAUGACCUACAGGAGGGACGCUGAUAUCACUGUUCCCUAUGGAGAGCUGCUACCUAAGGAGGAUGAAGAACUUCUGGGGGAAGACAACCUUCAGGAAAAGACCUCUCUGGUCUGCUGGGUGGUCAGCAACUACAGGCGUCACCACAAAAGAAGCAAAGUGUACACAGAGCUCAACGCCAUCGUUCCUGUGAAGGUCUACGGGCGUUGGACAAAGACGCCCCUCGCCUCUUCAGCCCUCCUACCUACAAUCUCUCGCUGCUACUUUUAUCUGGCUUUUGAGAAUGCACUCUCCAAAGAUUAUAUCACAGAGAAACUGUGGAGGAAUGCCUACCAAGGCGGAGCUGUGCCCGUCGUCCUGGGGGCGCCGUUAAGCGACUACAAAGCCGUGGCUCCACCUCAUUCCUUCAUCCAUGUCGACGAGUUUGCAUCAGUGAGAGAAAUGGCAAAGUAUCUACAAGAGCUAGCAGAGGACAAGAAGCGCUACGCUGAAUAUUUGACGUGGAAACAACAUUGGAAAGUGAAACUGUACGCAGACUGGAGGGAGAGACUGUGUAAGAUCUGCCCACAGUUCAACAGUUUACCUCAGCACAAGGUUUACUCAGACCUGGAGGCCUGGGUCGACGCCAAAAACACUUCAGCUUGAAUGUUUUCGGUUGAUGGUGACAAAGACAAGCUGCUGCUUUUACUGCAUUGCUUUUACUGCAUUUUUGACACAUUAGCAGGAACUGCCACCACAUCCUCCGCAUUACUUCUAAUUAGUUCUGGUAUUUCUAUGACUCAGAAAGCAUUCUGGUAAUGGGCUGAUAAAAUAUACAGAUGGUUAUAUUGAAGUCAGUAAAAACAGGGAGGAAAAUGGUUUUAAUGGGAGAAAAAAGUGAAUAUUUUCAUGUCGCUUGUCCAGGGACAUUGUUUAGACUUAUAUAUGUAUGUACCAGUGGCGGCUGGUGAAUUUUUCUCUUGGGGGGGGCGCACUUAAUUUACCAAACCAAAUAGCAGAGCCGGCAACACCGGAAUACAAGAACUGAUGUAAAUUAUGUUCACAGCCAUUUGAUGUGCUAUUACUAUGCACCACUAGGAGGGUACACCUAAGCACUACUGCUGAGUCAAAUAGACAAUUAAAUGCACGUAAAUGUUACCAGCUAGUGAAUUUGAAUUUAUCUCCCCAGUGUUUGAUAUGAUUUGCUCCAGAUAAGGUGUAAUUGGUACACAAACCCUUAAAAUCUCCUUUUCUAUAAUUAAACAAAUUAACAAUGUAUAAAUAUGCAAAUCUAUUUUUUACUUCAAAAGUAAAAACAGAAACAAUUCAUUUUUCCAGCUUCAAAGAGUGCCAAGUGCUUCUUCUGUCCAGCAAAAUCUUUGGAACAACAUAUUUAUAUUUACAUACUCAAAUAAACAAAAACAAAUCCAUACCAGUGAAACCAACAAACAUUGGACAUUUUGUUAAAAAAAAACCUAACAAAAAGGCUUAAAGCAGACAGUGCUUCUGUGAGCUAACUUUUACAUUAACAACCUGACAUGACAAUGAGAAAACAGCAAAUCUGCAUAUUUAAGAUCAAAGCAAUAAAAAUUUGUCACUUUGCCUGAAAAAAAAAUACUGAAACCAUUAGGCAUUAUACUAUGUAUAACUGUGCAUGUGACAAAUAAAACCUAUCUUAUCUUAGGCUUUGAGAACAAAGUGCUUCUUCUUGUUCAACUAACAUUAAAUAUUUACAAUGAAAAUAAAGAAAAACAGUAAUUCCUCAGAUUUCAGAACAUAUGAAAAUCAACAGGCUUUCAGUCUAAAGUGCCACUUGUGUCAACUAACAUUUCUAUUUACAUUAUUAAAUGACAAAUAAGUAAAUCCUCACAUUUUAGAGAUUAAAGCCAGCACCUCUACAUCUCUGUUAUUUUUUGUAUGCAAGUUUUGCUCUUCUGUCUUUGAGACAUGCAAAUUUCUCAUUGUCUCAAUGAGAAAUUUGCAUGCAUGUCUGAGGGAUCGCUCAGCCGGGCGCGGUGAGCCUGCGCCCUGCGGUCUCCCAUCUCAGCCCGAUCUCACGGGGAUUCGUGAAACUGUCACGUAAGUUUUAGUUUCGGUUUCGUGUGCACCAACACGAUUUCGUCAUGUUUUUCGUGCCGCUCACCACGAAAUGCGCACCAAUGUAUUUUAAACGGCGGACUUUUCGUGCCACUCAGAACGUAUUUCAAAAGAAUGUGUAUAUUAUAUUUUUAAUGUAAAACCGUGGCGAAUCCAACGCUAUAUUUUGCAUGACAUCGUCCCUAAACGUAACCCUAACCAUAACCUAACCAUAACCUAACCAUAAGCCGGUGGUACACUUACCAAUUUGCAUAGGAAUUUCAAGAAUGUCCGGCGGCCGACGGCCGCAAACGCAAUCACGCAAGCAGUAUACGCCGAUGGACAGCUUAGAUCGUCAUGAAUCCGCCGGUAUAAACCACUUUCAGAUGUGAUUACCACAGCGAAAAACAUUUCGUGGUGAGCGGCACGAAAAACAUGAUGAAAUCGUGUUGGUGCGCACGAAACCGAAACUAAAACUUACGUGACAGUUUCACGAAUCCCCGUGAGACCGGGUUGCCCAUCUCUUGAAUUGAAGAGGAACCAACUGCGCAUGUCAAAGUUCUAACGAGAGUCAAUGGGGAAAGAUGAGUGCGCCCCGGACGUUUCUAAUCUGACUUUUUAUUACAAAUUAUACAUCUUAGUAACUCUCUACAGGCUCUAUUAUCCAUUUUGCUUGUUAAAAACAUUGGAUAUACAUGUAAAUGUAAUUUUAAAAACGUUUUAUUAAAGGAAGGGCUGUGACUCUACAUGAUGUGAGACAGAGGGGGCGGCGCCCUAGCGCCCUCUAUUGACCAGCCGCCCCUGGUAUGUACUACCGUUCAAAUGUUUGGGUCACCCAGACAAUUUCCAUGAAAACUUGAACUUUCAUUCAUGUGCUAACAUAACCGCGCAAAGCUUUUCUAAUCAUCAGUUAGCCUUUUGACAUGAUUAGCUAACACCACAUUAACUAUGUCUAGACUGGAUUUCUGAUUAUUUUAAUGCUAUCUUCAUUGGGAAAAAAUGCUCUUCUUCAAAAAUAAGGACAUUUCUAAGUGACUGCAAACUUUUGAACAGUAGUGUAUGUCUAUAUAUAUAUAUAUACACACACAACAACAACACAACUAGCAUACUAUAACAACUUCAUAUUAACGACAAUGACCAAGUGAUGCACUGGCACUGAUAUCUAGCACUUUAUACCUGACCUCUGUAGCAACAAUAGAAACAUUCAGUGGCUUUCUUGCUGGGAGUUACAUGCAAAAAAUAAUAUCACUCUCAGGUCUGCAUUGUAAGCCUGCAGCUGUUUAAUUUGCCUUAGCACAGAUUUGAAACAAUACUAUAGACCUAUUCUGUAAGAAACUAGCAAAUGCAUGAGAUAAGCUGAAGCAGCUUUAAGCUCGCUGGCAGGCAAAUUUCUUUUGGACAGAACCAGGUUAAUCUUGUAUUCAAUUAAAAUGCAACCAUUAGAGGUCCAGUGUGUAGGAUUUAGGGGGCAUCUAUUGGGAGAAACAGAACAUAAUACUCAUAGUUGUUUUCUUUCGCAUAUCCUCACAUAAAGAAUUGUGUUUUCUACUUGCUACCUAUAAGACUUUAUAUCUACAGAAGGAGCACAUCCUUUAGAGGUCACCAUGUUGCACUACCACGUUUCUGCAGUGACCCAGGAAAGAAAACCGAGCUCUGAUUCGAGAGAAGACCCUUCAUGUUUCUAGAAAAGGAGCUUUAAAUGACCCGCACUACUAGAUACCACUAAAUGUAACUCACUGGAUCAUCAUACUUGAAGAAAAAAAAGACAAUGUUGCAUUUGGUUCCAUCUUCCUUAAAGAAGGAUCUUUAUUGGAUCAUCAAAAAAUAAUAGCAAUGAUACAGUAAAAUCCGUUUACAUGGCUAUCUUUUGCCUAC